AUGGUUGUUUCAAACGGACCAACAAACGGACGAGUCAACAAUGGACAUCCAAUCCAACAGCUGAUCGUGGACAGUCCACUUGUUCAAAACACCGGAACUCAUUUGGAGUCUACCUAUACCUACAGGAAGAAUCAUUUUGAGAAAUCCAACAAUGGAUCUCUCAAAGUAACACCUAAAGAGCAUAAUUACUACUUCCGAACUCAAUUGAAACCUAAGAAGACAGGUGUCCUUCUUGUUGGUCUCGGUGGAAACAACGGAUCCACUUCUUACGGAGCUGUGUUAGCCAACCGACACAAUCUCACUUGGAGAACCAAAGAUGGUGUUCAAACCCCUAACUAUUUCGGUUCAAUUACUCAAUCGUCUACCGUUCACUUGGGCUUCGACGGCCAAGACCAAGUUCACGUACCCUUUAGUUCAAUCAUCCCAAUUCUUUCUCCUGACGAUAUCUGCAUUGAUGGUUGGGACAUUAACAACGCCAAUCUCUAUGAAUCUAUGGUCAGAGCAAGAGUUUUCGAAACCGAGCUUCAAGAUAAGCUCCGCCCAUACAUGGAGAAAAUAGUGCCUAAACCAUCAAUUUACUAUCCCGAUUUCAUAGCAUCUAACCAAGGAGAUCGCGCCAAUAAUGUUAUCCCAGGAAAUGACAAGAAAGCUCAUCUUGACCAUAUCCGUAGAGAUAUCAGAGAGUUCAAAGAGAAAAACAACUUAGAAUGCGUUAUCGUUCUCUGGACAGCCAACACUGAGCGAUACACCGAUGUAGAACCAGGUUUGAACAUGACUGCCAGUGAAGUUCUUCGUUCUAUCGAAAACAACGCUGAUGAAAUAUCUCCAUCUAAUAUCUUCGCUGUUGCUUCUAUCCUCGAAGGUGCCCAUUAUAUCAACGGUUCCCCACAAAACACUCUAGUCCCCGGAGUUAUCGAACUAGCCCAACAGCACAAAGUGUUCUUGGGAGGAGAUGACUUUAAGUCCGGACAAACAAAGAUUAAGUCUGCUCUUGUUGACUUCCUUGUUAGUUCUGGAUUGAAGCCCGAGUCGAUUGUAUCAUACAAUCACUUGGGAAACAAUGACGGAAAAAAUCUUAGUGAAGCCAAGCAAUUCCGCUCAAAAGAAAUAUCUAAGUCAUCUGUUGUUGAUGAUAUGGUCAAGUCCAACAAAAUCCUCUACCCUGACGAAAAGAACCCCGAUCACUGUAUCGUUAUCAAAUAUGUUCCUUUUGUUGGUGAUUCGAAGAGAGCUAUGGAUGAAUACAUUUGCAGUAUCUUCAUGGGAGGACGUCAAACAUUCGUUAUCCACAACACUUGCGAAGACUCUCUUCUUGCCACUCCUUUGAUCUACGAUCUCGCUAUUUUGACCGAGCUUGCCACCCGUGUGCAAUAUCGUACAAGCGCUAGCGCUGACUAUGAGAGUUUCCACCAGGUACUCUCGCUUCUCUCUCUCCUACUGAAGGCACCCGUUGUUCCCGAAGGUACACCAGUUGGCAACGCUUUCAUGAAACAAUUCUGUACCAUAACCAAGCUUGUUACCGUAUUGGCCGGAGUCAACAGUGAAACUGAUUUACAGCUAGAAUUUUUCGCGCAGUCUACAAAAUCUGUUUAA